GGAGCAAGUCUUGGAUUUCGGAGCAAUCGCCGGGAUCGUCAAUCACGUUAUUAUAACAAUCUGACAGCUGAAGGUCAUUGCGGCGGUUUCACGAUCACAUGACCGUCUACACUAUAUAAAUAUAGUAUCAGUUCAUUCCAAAGACUCACAUAUACAGGCUCAUCAGGUUAAUUGCCGGUAUUCCGCGGCACAGAUAAAAGAAAAACUCAGUCUUCGUGCGUUACUCAAUCAAGCUGUGUGCAGGACGCAUUUCUGCGAGAAUCUCCCAAGAAUCAGUAUUCAUAGCUGGAAGUUUUACGAUUUGUUAGAAAAAUGGUGACCGGACGGGCUCUACACUUUGUUUUCAAAAUUCCGGAUCGCAAGACCACGGCUAAGUUCUACCGAGAGAUCCUGGGAAUGAAGGUUCUCCGGCAUGAGGAAUUUACUGAAGGCUGUGAGGCUGCCUGCAAUGGACCUUAUGCAAAUCGGUGGAGUAAGACUAUGAUUGGUUAUGGUCCGGAAGAUAGCCACUUUGUCGUUGAGCUAACCUACAACUACGGAGUGAGUCAGUAUGAAUCUGGCAAUGAUUUUCAAGGAAUAACUAUUCGUUCGAAGGAAAUCAUUCAGAGAGCUUUGGCACAGAAGUGGCCCGUGGAAGAGCAAGAUGGAAAGUAUGUUCUAGAAGCACCAGGUGGAUACAAGUACUACAUCAUUAACGAACCACAACCUGUUGAUCAAGAUCCUGUUCAAAAGGUUACCCUAUCAAGUUCGAAUCUCAAGCGCAGUAUUGCAUACUGGAAAGAUACUCUAGAGAUGAAAUUAGUUGAAGAAAAUGACAAGUCUGCAGUAUUUGAAUAUGGAAGCAAGCAAGCAAAGCUUGAGCUUAAAGAUAUUGGUACUGAAGUAAAACACGCAAAGGCUUAUGGACGUAUUGCAUUUGCUGUGCCAAAAGCAGAGCUGGAAGUUAUUCGCAAAAAAAUUAAAGAUACCGACAACAAAAUUUUGACAGAUCUUAUCAGCCUUGACACGCCUGGAAAAGCUACUGUCACAGUUAUUAUUUUAGCUGAUCCUGAUGGCCAUGAGAUCUGUUUUGUUGACGAAGAAGGCUUUAAACAGUUAUCUGUGCCUGAUUAUCCAAGUGAAGCGAUUCUAGACAGGUACAUCGAAAAAGAAGCAAAUAAGACACUGUGAAUGAAUUUUUAUUGCUUACUGUUGAACUCUGAAAUUUUUUAUAAAGAAAAUCAUUACAGUAUCGCGUAUCAACGAUACUUUUUUUUUUUUAAUAAAAAAGUACGUUCUUAAAGUACUUAUCCCAUUUGUCUCGAUUUUUAUUUAUUUAUAAAAAAAUUGUUAUAAAAAAUAAAUGAAUAAUUAUGAACACAAA